GUCAAGCGUCUAGGUCUGUCUUCACUACAUUGAAGUAUAGUUGCGUCGCGAUGUUAACAAUUUUUCAAAUAGUUGUGGCCAAGAUUAACGAAAGUGGCGUGGAUAUUAAGACUUAUGACAGUUCAUCAAUUAUAGAUCUAUCUGAACAUGGUGCGGGGUUAGCAGCAGAAUGGGCGAUCCCUUUCAUUACAGCAGCUAAUAACUUUGGAACAGGUUUAAUUGGAAUUGGCCAACAUCGUUUUGAUGAGAAAAGGUAUGAAGGAAAGAGAGAUCUAUUGGACAAUUUUGUAUUUAUUCAAAUGAGGAGAUACUGUUUAUCACAAAGAAGGAAAGACAUAUUUGGAGAGACAUUCCUGGAGUUGCUAGAAUCGUUUAACGCGCUUUUUCUGGAGUCGGAACUUUAGCUACGGGUGCUGCUCCUUUAUGAGUUUCAAGUUUGAAAAAAGGCAGAAGGAUAAAAACAUUAUUUAGAUCCUAUCUCAUCUGAAGUCCUAAGUAAAGCAGCUCCAGAUACCUACGAGAAAAUCUGAGAACUAGUAUAUUUCGAUAAGAAAUUUAAAGCUUGUUUAGAGGUUCUGGAGGCCCUGUUAUGUUACGUAGGAAGCACGAGCGAGGACAAUUAACUUCAUCAGUUAGUCACUAUAUUCAUAGGAUAAAGGGUUUCCUUUUAAUGUGGAAUAUUCCUAGAACCAGAAGAGGUUUGAUGAACAUAAUGACAUAACUAACGAACUUAAUGAUUAUCAAGAUUGGUCCGUAUGGGACAUUUAAUUAUAUGAUCAAUGUCAAUCCAACUAAUUCCUUGUGUCUUAACUACUAUGACACGCAUACAGGAGACUACUUUUGUCGAAUGUUAUUUAGAAGUUGCAAUUGGACUGGAGAUGCAUUAAAUGGGCUGUACCGCCAUGCUAGGAUGGAGAGUCAGUUGCAUAACCACUCAUUUCGCUAGACACUUUGCUGUGAAUUAGACUGGUUCCAAUGGUAGUCAAUAUCUGUUGAUUCUGUAGCAAAUCAUUUUCAAACAUUAAUAAUUCAUAUUGUCAGAUACUAAAAACCAAUAAGCAAGAAUAUUUUGUGAUGUUUUAUUCUAUAUUGCAUGGAUUCGAUUUUUAAACCUCUACUCCAGAUGAAGGAAUUAAGAUAUCAGGAUCUUCUGACUUUUCU